UCAGGCAAGCCUCAGUAAGGAUGUCAGUCCACAAGCUCAUCUGUCCAUCGACCUGGCACCUCUCAACCAGCUGCAGUGCAGACUAGAACCACUGGGCUAUCUGUCAUGGAGGCAGGAACCACAGGGUAAUCCGUGCAAGACUCCAGGACCACCCGGCCUGGCUCAGCAGGCAGUAGCAGUGGAUCCACUGGGGCUGGAACAGCAGGAGCAGGGCGCCAGACCACAGCUCCAUCAUCCCAGGGCUCUGGCACCACUGGACCAUCUUCUGUUGUCUCUCAGACUUCAAGCCAGUCUAAGGAAGGAUCUGAAUCCACAGGCUCAUCUGUCAUAGGAUCUGAUUCCACUUCAACCUCAUUGGUGUACCCAUGGGCACCACUGGAUUCUCUUCUACCCUGCUGGGCACUACUGCUUCCUCGGUGGGCAUUGUCACAACCACAAGAGUUUUUCCUCAGGGAUCCUCUGCUGACACAGCUCCAGCAGUGUGCCGUGGUCCACUGGGAGAAGAAAAAGUGCCUGGAGACACAUGGACGGCCAACUGCCACCAGUGCACCUGCAUGGCUGCCAGGUCUGUGGACUGCAGACCCCGGGAGUGCCCCGCCCCACCCACAUGUGGAGCCGGAGAGAAGGUGGUCACCUUCUCAUCUAGUGAUACAUACCUGCUGUGACAUUGGACACUAUGGUGAGUCAUACCAGCAUGUUUAAAAAAAUAUUAAUAAAAACUUCAGAGGGUCAUAUAGCAUAAUGGUUCAGCAAAAAGACUUAUUCCUGAGGCUCCUAGGUCCCAGGUUCAAAACCCCACACCAACAUAAGCCAGAACUGAACAGUUCUCUGGUAAAACAGAAAAAGGAGGGGGCUGGUGGUGACACACUUGGUUGAGCGCACAUGUUACAAGGUGCAAGGAUGUGGUUCAAGUCCCCAUCCCCCACCUACAGGGGGAAAGCUUUGUGUCUCUGUCUCUUUCCCUCUCUACCUCUCCUUACCCUCUCGACUUCUAGCUGCCUCUAUCCAAUAAAUAAAAGUAAUAA